AUGAGAUCCGUUCAAACAGACCAAAUCUUGGAGAUUCCAGAAGGCGUUACCGUCUCCAUUAAGGCUAGAAUUGUCAAGGUCACUGGACCAAGAGGUGAAUUGAGCAAAAACUUGAGACACAUUGAUGUUACUUUCCAAAAAAUUAACAACAAAGCCAUCAAAAUAACUGUUCAAAGUGGUGACAGAAAACAAAUUGCUGCUUUGAGAACUGUCAAGUCUUUGAUUUCUAACUUGAUCACUGGUGUCACUAAGGGAUACAAGUACAAAAUGAGAUAUGUGUAUGCGCAUUUCCCAAUCAACGUUAACAUUAUUGAGGUUGAUGGUCAAAAAUACGUUGAAAUUAGAAACUUCUUGGGUGAGAAGAGAGUUAGACAAAUCAAGAUCUUUGACGGUGUUACUGUUGAACAAUCUGCUAACCAAAAGGAUGAAUUGGUCUUGUCUGGUAACUCAUUGGAUGAUGUUUCCCAAAACGCUGCUGAUAUUCAACAAAUUUGCCGUGUUAGAAACAAGGAUAUCCGUAAGUUUUUGGACGGUAUCUAUGUUUCUGAACGUGGUGUCGUUGAAGAAGAUAUUUAA